AUUAUGGUUCGUACUAAACAAACAGCGCGCAAAUCCACCGGAGGCAAAGCGCCAAGAAAGCAGCUGGCUACCAAAGCAGCAAGGAAAAGUGCUCCCGCUACCGGAGGUGUCAAGAAGCCUCAUCGCUACCGYCCCGGCACUGUCGCUCUUCGCGAGAUUCGUCGCUACCAAAAGUCUACCGAGCUAUUGAUCAGAAAACUUCCCYUCCAACGGCUUGUGAGAGAGAUAGYACAGGACUUSAAGACCGACCUUCGAUUUCAAAGCUCAGCGGUCAUGGCUCUGCAAGAAGAAAGCGAAGCCUACCUUGUGGGCCUUUUCRAGGACACCAAUCUAUGUGCCAUCCACGCCAAGCGAGUUACYAUCAUGCCAAAGGACAUCCAGUUGGCAAGGCGAAUCAGGGGAGAAAGAGCGUAG